AUGGCAAUCUUCAAAGAUUUCCGCGAGAGGCUCAAGUCCUUCAACGCAAAGGAAAGGAAAGCCAUUUUCUUUUACAUCUGCGGCAUCAUGCUGUACAAGUUCGGCCUGGAGGCCUUCAACGGCUCCAUCACCGCACUGGCCACGAACCGAUAUGACUUUGAAAGCGACACCAACGGUACCCCCUCGCGCACCUUUGAGCGUCUCGGUCUGCUCCAGGGGCUAAACCAGGCCACCCAGUGUGUUGGCUCCAUUCUCAUCGCCCCCCUCAUUAAGCACUACCCGACGAAGAAUGUGCUGUCGUCUGCUAUCCUGCUUUUCGGCCUCAUGACGGCAAUCCUACUAAUACUCGAUGCCGCCACCGGCGGUACUUUCGUCCCCGCGGCCUACCGCAAGAAGCACCCCAAGGACGAGUGGUCGUACUACGGCGACUACGAUAACGAUGCCAUCAUCCCCAUCUACACCGUCACCGGUAUCGCCUACGGUAUGGUCGAGCUCAUCCGUCGCGUCAUACCCCGAGACAUUGUUGGGGGCAACGUCCAAAAACUUCGUCAGAUGGACAGUCUCGUGCACAUCUUCUACGAAAUUGCUGGUACCUCAGGCGCGUUCGUCACCGCCCUUGUCCUCAUCCCGAAUCUGGGCAACAACCGAUCUUUCGUCAUCACCCCGAUCUGUUUCUCGCUCGCCGCCAUCCUGUGGUUCUUCGUCGUUGACGGCAGCCAUGAGCGCAACGCGCUCGCACGCGCUGAGGCCCGCAAGAGCAACUACUUCAUCGCCAUCGGCAAAGGCUUCCUCCUAUUCUUUGAGUCCAUCUGGGUCGGCGCCAGGAUUCUCUUCACGUCAACACGGUUUGUCUGGCUCGUCCCAGCAUAUGGCGUCGCCCUCUACGGCCACCGAUAUCUCGAGAAUGGAAUCGCACCGCAAGUCGCCCGUCGGUACCUCGGCAACUCGGCCUGGUCACAGAUCAUGGUUGGAGGCUCCAACUUUGGUGAACUCCUCGGCGCCCUCUUCGUCUUCCUCUUCACAAACGUUAUCAAGACCCCCAUUCCGUGGCUCCGUCUAGAUGCCCUCAUGUUGCUGAUCGUGUGGUACAUCCCGUACUGGUACCCGCCCUCGGGCCAGGUCAGCCAGGCUUGGAUCGUUGCCGCCACGUUCCUCCCAGUCUCCUUUGGUUGGGCCGCCGGCGAUGUGUCCCUUGCAGCCUUCAUCCAAGCCUCUCUGGCUCGGCUCGAGAGCAAGGAGCACCGCGUGUCUCCCCUGGGUGCCGUCAUGGCGUUCCUAUACUCAUUCUACAUUGUCACCUACGCAAUUGCCGGCACCUUCCUCGGACGAUACCUCGACGGCGUUUACAACCGCACUGGCUCGGUGCGGGAGGCGCUCGUGAACACGGCUGGUGUUCACUUCACCAUCAUCAUGGCCGUCGUUUUCGCCUCGACUUUCAUUCCCAAGGGCUCGCGAACAUUCAACCCCGAGAUGCUAGAUGACACGAAGCUCGACGAGGAUAUUGAGGAGGAGUCUCUCUCACCGUCGGAGAAGGACUUGGUGGAGGACCCCAAGUUAAACGAGAAGAUGCCUGCCAUUGUUGUUUGA